AUGGCCCCUACCUACCUCGACACCCUCGACGCCUUCACCAACUUCCUCGCCGCCUACACCCACACGCUGCUCUACCUGCGCACCCUCUACCCGCGCACCUCGUUCGUGCACGCGCGCUUCCACAACACCUCGGCCUACCAGUCGCGCCACCCGCUCGUCUGCGAAUGGAUCCGCGAUGCCAUCGACGCCGUGCGCACCGAGCUGCUCGACGGCACCGUGUCGCGCAUUGCCGUUGUCAUCUUCGGCCUCGGCCACGCCCACGCCCACGCCCACGCCCACGGCAACGCUAGGCCCAGCGGCACCGGCGACGUGCAGAUCAUGGAGCGCUUCGUGCUCGACGUCGACGCCUUCCCCGUCCUCGACCGGGACGAGCGCAACGUCGGGCUGGAAUGGGCCUCGUCGCCGCCCUCGUCGCCGCCCUCGUCGCGCGCAUCCUCGUCGCGCUCUGCCUCGCCCUCCUCGCACCCAGACGGAGACAACACACCGAGUCGCAGCCGCAGCCGCAGUCGCGAGCCUCGACCCCUCGACGUGGGCGUCGACACAGAUCUGUCCGAGCAGUUCCGCGCCGCGCUCAUAUCCCUCACCACGCGCUGUGCUCAGCUGGCCCCCUUGCCGGAACACUGCUCCUUCAACAUCAGCAUGGAGCUGAAAGACGAAGCCGACGUAGAUCCUCCCGUGGGGCACCCACAGGCCUGGAUACCGGUGCAGCCUAGUCUGCAGAAGACGGGCCGGCGGAACGAUAGACGUGCUACCGUGGAGGACGAGCCCGAGCACGGCUCGACGCAGGAGAGCAAGGCAGAAGACAAGAGGAAAAGAGGGCAAGACUUGGGCGGUGUGAGGGUCACGCCGAUCAGGACCGUCGAGGCUGGCACGUUUCGCUUCGAGACGUGGGUCGAGGAAGGGAGGGCAAAGUUUGCAGACAUGAGUGCAAAGGGCAAGGGAAGGGCGGAAGUCGGUUUCUCGAGCUCUGGAGAACGAGGCUUCUAA